CCUCAUGUGGUACACGGAUGGCAGUAGUUUCCUGGACGAUGGACAGUGAAGAGCAGGGGCGGCUGUGACCACCGAGAGCCAGGUGAUCUGGGCAAGGGCUCUACCCCCGGGAACUUUGGCCCAAAAGGCGGAGCUCAUCGCCUUGACGAAAGCUCUCCAGCUGGCAGAAGGUAAGAAGUUAAACGUUUACACUGAUAGCCGGUACGCUUUUGCAACUGCUCACAUCCAUGGAGAAAUCUACCAGCGCAGGGGACUUCUAACCUCCGAAGGAAAGGACAUUAAGAAUAAGACUGAGUUCCUGGCCCUACUACGGGCAUUGUUUCUGCCUUCAAAGCUCAGUAUUAUUCAUUGCCCUGGCCAUCAGAAGGGAAAUAGUCCAGAAGCACUGGGCAAUAGACUGGCGGACAGCGCCUCCCGGGAGGUAGCCACAACUACACCGGACACCUCCCGAGCAUUCCCUCUGGCUUCUGAAAGUCCAAUUGCCCCCAGUCAACGUCCCGUGUACCACUAUAGUAGCAAGGACAUAGAGCUACUAAAGAAAAUGGGGGCCCAGUAUGAGUCCGGAGGAGAACGCUGGAUACACAAGGGAAAGCCAGUCCUGCCCAUGGAACAAACCUUCGAACUGGUGUGUUCCCUCCAUGGGCUGACCCACCUCAGUCUAAGAAAAAUGAAGGCUCUCUUAGACCAGGAGGAAGAUACUCUCCCUCACCUGUUGAAUUGGGAUAGUAUCUUACAACAAGUCAUAGACAAUUGUAAGGCCUGUGCUCAAGUAAAUGCUGGAAGAACCAGAAUCAGUACAGGUACCCGAGUACGUGGGCAGCAGACAGGGGCCGCCUGGGAAGUGGACUUUACUGAGGUAAAACCCGGACUCUAUGGCUACAAAUACCUGCUGGUGUUUGUGGACCCCUUUUCUGGAUGGGUAGAAGUGUUCCCCACCAAACAUGAGACUGCUAAGAUAGUGUCCAAAAAGCUACUGGAAGAAAUUUUCCCCAGGUAUGGGAUGCCUCAAGCCUUGGGGUCAGACAAUGGGCCGGCCUUCGUCUCCCAGCCCAUUUACAGGCCCUACAGAUAGUCCAGAAGGAAGUUUGGAAACCGCUGGCCGCCGCCUACCAAGAACAGCUGGACCGACCG